AUGACUCCCACAGGACAACCUGAAUCAAUGACAAUUCCACCUGGAAAGACUCCCAUCAGUCACCUGCAGGAAUUAUGCACCAAACGAGGUCUCACCCCUCAAUAUGAUCUCAUAUCAAAUGAAGGGGCUACUCAUGAGCCCACCUAUAUAAUGCGUGUCACUGUAGGUGACAUUGUUGCCACUGGAAAAGGAUCCAGUAAGAAAAAGGCCAAGCAUUCUGCUGCUUUGGCAGCACAUAACCAGAUUUUAGGCAUUAAAAGUGAGCAGCAAAGUGAUGGGAGACAAUCACCAGCUGUUUCUGAAGAAGGGGUCCCUGGAAACCCUAUUGGUGAGCUUCAAGAAUUUGCACAGAAAAAUCUCAUCCGGCCUCCUAUUUAUGAUUUGGAUAGCCCUCAGGGCCCACCUCAUGCCCGUGAAUUCUAUUGCACUGUUAAACUAGGAAAGUUCCAGGAAAGAGGAACUGGACGAUCAAAGAAAAGUGCCAAGCGAGCUGCAGCCCAUGCAAUGCUUACUCGCAUUCGUAGCCUGCAAGCAGAAGGUGGAUCUUCUCCUCCAGUCAUUGAAGAUUCUGAAGAAGAAGAUGAGAUCCCACUGAGUUCUGAGCCUCGAAUUUCUUCCUAUUCAACUAUAAAAGAGCGUGUAAACCAUUCUUAUUCCAAUCCUAAGCAAAUUGAUAAAGAGAUCCAGCAAUUUUAUGACAAAAUAGUUAAAUCUGGUGGUAAAAAGAACAACACUCUGCCCAGUGAUAAGAAAAUUAAUUAUUGUCAGAUGUUACAAGAAAUUGCUGAAGUUCAGCGCUUCAUGUUGACCUACCAUGAUCUUGCAGAAAAAACUACUGAAGGUCAGUUCCAGUGUUUUGUCCAGAUGACAGUUGUUCCAAUGGCUGUAUGCCAUGGAACUGGACCAACAGUGGAAGAAGGUCAUGGCAAGGCAGCUCAUAAUGCUCUGCAGUAUUUGAAAGCUGUUAAUAAAACAUAA